AUGACUGCCGACAUUGACGCCAUGGUUUCCAUCGCCCACAGCUUCCUGGGAAGCGAUGCGUUCGAUUUCGAAUGCGAGGAGCUCCACCCCGUAGUGAUGCUUGCCAUGGCGAGGGAGAAGCUUGCGAGCGACGGGGAUAGACCGGACACGCGCAGUGAGAAGGGCCGCGAAACGUACGAGAGUUUCUUGAAGCAGGUGGAGGAGACCGCUGUAGCCCUGAAUCUUGACAGCUACCCCAGAGAGUACCGCGGCAAGUUCACCUCAGACCUCCGGGCCAUGUUCUCGGGAUCCGAGCGCAGCUACCGCGUGGACAUCUUGGAGGCGGCGCUGACGUUCACGCCAACGCUGAUGGUCAACGGGCUUGUCUAUCAGCUCAGCGAGACGGUCAUGGAUCAUGCCAAGGCGCUGCAGGAGAUGUGGCUCGACCUGUGCCAGCUCCUCGACCUGUGGGCGUCCCCGGGCCACGCCCUGGGGCAGGCCCGCGCGGAGCUCUGCGCGCGCCUGCUGCGCCUCGACGUGGCGUGGGCCGAGUUCGAGGACCCUCCCCGGGCGGAGAGGCGGCGAGGUCGGCCUGGCGGGCAUGGCACGGCCCGGCCGCCCGUCGCCGGCCGCCGCAGGAGCGCCGCCUGA